AACAGGCGAAUUCGGCUUGUACCAAAGGUUCCUUUUCAUCAUGCUCAUGUUGUUCUGCUUCUUCCUAACCUUCGUCUACUUCACACAAUUGUUCCUGAUCGUUGUUCCGGUCGAGUUUUGGUGCGAGAUGCCGGCAGUCGAGGGCUUCACCUCCGAGGAAUUAAGGGAGUACAUGAUUCCUAGCUCGAACUUGGUCGCGUACGAGGGCCACGAUUUACCGUAUUCCCGAUGCUGGAUAUACGACGUGCCCGUGAAAACAGCGAUGGAGGCAAAGGAGCCCGACCCGAAAUGGCCGAUGAAGAAAUGCCAGGAAUGGCACUUCAAAACGAGCCCUUUCGACGUCCCAUAUAUGUCCGUGGCUGCCGAGUUCGGAUGGGUUUGCGACGACGCGUACAAAGUGACUCUCGCACAGAGUAUAUUUUUCAGCGGUUCCAUCCUCGGCGGUUUGAUAUUCGGUUGGCUGGGCGACAAAUACGGAAGGAUCCCGGCCGUCAUCGUCUCCAAUUUGUUGGGAUUCAUCGGUGGCCUCUCAACCAUAUACAUCCACACGUUCUGGCAAUUCUGCGUGUGCAGGUUCAUCGUCGGCGUCUCCUUCGACAGCACCUUCGUGUUCGCUUACAUAUUGGUCCUGGAAUACGUGGGACCCGGCUGGCGCACGUUCGUCGCCCACGUCUCGUUCGGCCUGUUCUACACGUUCGGGGCAAUAUGCAUGCCUUGGAUGGCGUACUUCAUAGCGGAUUGGAGAACGUUCGCUCUAGCUACCACCGUACCCCUCCUCUUGGUCCUCAUAACCCCGUUAUUCAUUCCGGAGAGCGUCAGGUGGUUGAUAGGGAUGAAGAAAAUGCGAAGGGCGAUAAAAAUUAUUUCCUUGAUCGAGAAAAUAAAUCGGAACAAGAUACCCAAGGAGGUGUUCGAGCAAUUCCAAGAGGAGUGCGAGAAGGCUAUAGCCAUCCUGGCCGAGGACGAGAUGUACACGUUGAUCGAUCUGUUCAGAACGAGACGUUUGAGAAGAAUCACCAUCCUGUUGACGACGGUGUGGGGUAUAAUCCAGAUGUGCUACGACGGGCACAUAAGGUGCCUGGACGCCCUAGGAUUGGACGUGUUCAGCACGUUCACGAUCGCCUCGAUCACCGAAUUCCCGGCCGAGAUGUUGGUCGUCUCCACCCUGGACACGUUCGGCCGAAGGUGGACGUUGUUCACCGCCGUCACCGUCUCGGCCCUGUUCAGCACGUUCGCCGCCCUCGUCCCCACCGUGGGCCUCGCCUUCGCCUCGUUCGCCAUCUGCAGCCGUCUCUUCAUCAACGUGGCGUCGAACAUCGCGCUUCAAUACGCCGCCGAACUCUUGCCAACCGUCGUACGGGGCGAGGGAGUGGCGUUUAUACACGUGAUGGGCUACGUAACCUCGAUAUUCAGCCCCUACAUCGCCUUCUCCGCGAGGAUUACGUACAACAUGCCCAUGAUCAUACUGGCAAUAUCGUGCUACUUCGGCGGGACCAUGUGCCUUUUCCUACCCGAAACCCUGAUGGAACAGUUGCCCCAAUCGUUGGUGGACGGAGAGUUGUUCGGGAUCGAUCAAAUUUUCUGGGAGUCGCCGUUGACGAGGAAGAAGCCUUUGGAGCCGGUAGGGCACCAUUUGCACGCGAAACGUCCAUCAAGACGUCCGGAUUUGUUGCGGAGCAGUAUGGUUUCCGGUUAUAGGGGCAUGGAGAGACGACACACCAGAAUACGGGAGAAAGUGAGCGAGAUGAGGAUCGCUCAGCAGAAUCAGUGAAAAAAAAGUUCGGUUUUAACAUUGCGAGAAACACAUUUUUUUCAUAUCACUCGGGUAAUAAUAUCCUAAUACAGGAGAUGGAAGAAACGAAAGAGAAAAAUUUAUUUGCCGAUUAUUGUUCGAGAUAAUGAAUUCCGUUUCAUUCGUAUUUAUUAUUAUAUACACGUACAGUAGAUUGAUUCAUUCGAGUUGCUGUUAAAUUAAAAACUUAGUUAAGUUUUAAAUUAUAUACU